UGUCCGUCUACUAACUUACUGACUUACUCGUACUUACUCUCCGCUCUCCAUCUCCCAAGCCUGUUCUCUCAUUACCUUCUUGUGAUCUGAACGAACCCCUCUCUCCCAUUUUCGCAACACCCCCCUCCCCCUCUGGGGUUCCUUGUUUCCUUUUUAUUUCUCUUUCUCUUUGUCAUUCACAUCCUUUCCCUCUUCAUCGGCCUCACCUUGAGUCCGGGUCAGAGUGAUCAUGGCGUCAUCUGGCCCCAACGGCCCCAACACCAUUAAGGUGGUUGCGAGAUUCCGCCCGCAGAACAAAGUCGAAUUGGCGUCCGGGGGUGAACCGAUCGUGGAAUUUGAGAAUGAACAAUCAUGUGUUGUCAACUCCAAAGAAGGCUCUGGAGCCUUCACUUUCGAUCAAGUGUUUCCCAUGGACUCGAAGCAGCAAGAUGUCUUCAACUUCUCGAUCCGACCGACUGUGGAUGACAUCCUGAACGGCUAUAACGGCACGGUUUUCGCGUACGGCCAGACGGGUGCGGGAAAGUCGUAUACGAUGAUGGGUUCCGACAUUGACGACGACAUCGGCAAGGGUAUCAUUCCGCGCAUAGUCGAGCAGAUCUUCGCCAGCAUCCUCACCAGUCCCAGUAACAUCGAGUACACGGUGCGGGUCAGUUACAUGGAGAUCUACAUGGAGCGGAUUCGCGACUUGCUCGUACCGCAGAACGACAACCUGCCGGUGCACGAGGAGAAGUCUCGUGGCGUCUACGUCAAGGGCCUGCUCGAGGUCUAUGUGUCCAGCGUUCAGGAGGUGUACGAGGUGAUGCGCCGGGGUGGUGCGGCCAGAGCGGUUGCGGCGACCAACAUGAACCAGGAGUCCUCUCGGUCGCAUUCUAUCUUCGUCAUUACCGUUACACAGAAGAAUCUGGAGACCGGAUCGGCCAAGAGUGGUCAGCUCUUCUUAGUCGAUCUGGCGGGUAGUGAGAAGGUCGGUAAGACCGGUGCGAGUGGUCAGACUCUAGAGGAAGCGAAGAAGAUCAACAAGAGUUUGAGUGCUCUGGGCAUGGUCAUCAACGCGCUGACGGACGGCAAAUCGACGCACAUUCCCUACCGUGAUUCUAAGCUCACUCGAAUUCUGCAAGAAAGUUUGGGAGGUAACUCGCGGACAACCUUGAUCAUCAACUGCUCGCCCAGUAGCUACAACGAUGCGGAAACAAUCUCGACCCUGCGAUUCGGUGUACGCGCCAAGGCUAUCAAGAACAAGGCGAAGGUGAACGCAGAGCUCAGCCCGGCGGAAUUGAAGCAGCUCCUCCGCAAGGCCCAGAGUCAAGUUACCAACUUCGAGACCUAUAUCUCGGCGCUGGAGACGGAAGUUCAUGUGUGGCGCAGUGGUGAAGCAGUUCCCAAGGAUCGUUGGACUCCUUCAAGAGGCUCAGAAGUUGUCAGUGCGGCUAAGGCGGAGGCUCGCGCCCCUCGACCUGGCACUCCCUCUCGCUUCCAGGACAUUCCCCGCUCAGAGACUCCUCGUCCCGACUCCAGAUUAGGGGACCGUUCCAGCACACCAAGCCUGGUUCUCGAGAAGGAUGAGCGGGAAGAGUUCCUGAGACGGGAGAACGAGCUGCAGGACCAGAUUGCGGAGAAAGAGUCUCACAUUGCUAGCAUUGAGCGGGGCCUGCGCGAGGCUCGGGAGGAGUUGAAGAGCAUGAAGGAGAACACCGCACGUUCGGGCAAGGACAACGACAAGCUCACCACCGAGGUGAACGAGCUUCGUAUGCAAUUGGAGAAGGUGUCAUAUGAGAGCAAGGAAGCUUCUAUCACCAUGGACAGUCUUCGCGAAGCCAAUUCGGAGUUGACCACUGAAUUGGACGAUGUGAAGCAGCAGUUGCUCGACGUACGGAUGAAGGCGAAGGAGACCAGCGCUGCGCUGGACGAGAAGGAAAAGAAGAAGGCCGAAAAGAUGGCGAAGAUGAUGGCGGGCUUCGACCUGGGCGGAGAUGUGUUCUCCGACAACGAACGCAAGCUUAAGGAACUGCUGUCACGCGUGGACGAACUGCACAAGAUUAGCGAAGCCGGGGAGACGAUCGCGCCCGACGACCUACUGGAGCUGCGCACUAGUCUGCAGGAAACCCAGGGAUUCAUACGCCAGGCUGAGCUUACUAUGAAUGACCGGGGCGAGCUAAGCGAGCUGCAGGACAGCCGCAGGGCGGAAGUUGAACAGAAGUUGGCGACUAUCGAGCGGGAAUACGAGACCCUUCUGGAACGAAACCUGGGCGAGGGCGACGUGGAGGAGAUCCGGGAGCGGUUGGAGAAGGUGUACGUUACGCGCAAGGAGGCGGAGAUGCAGGCCGUCACGGACCUGCGCAACGAGAUUGCACGCAAGGACGAAGAACUGGGCAAGCUGCGCCAGUCCCUUGCCGACUCGCAGACCCGAGUGUCCACCAACGGCGCGGCGGGCAAGAACCUGCAGCAGCAGAUCGCCGACUUCGACGCCAUGAAGAAGUCCCUGAUGCGGGAUCUGCAGAACCGCUGCGAGCGGGUGGUCGAGCUCGAGAUAUCGCUGGAUGAUGCUCGCGAGCAAUACAACAACGUCCUCCGCUCCUCGAACAACCGGGCGCAGCAGAAGAAGAUGGCGUUUCUGGAGCGCAACCUUGAGCAGCUCACCCACGUGCAGCGCCAGCUGGUCGAGCAGAACAGCAGCCUGAAGAAGGAGGUCGCCAUCGCGGAGCGAAAGUUGAUCGCCCGGAAUGAGCGGAUAGCCAGCUUGGAGAGCCUGCUCCAGGAGAGCCAGGAAAAACUCACCCAAGCGAACCACCGCUUCGAAGCCCAACUCACCGCCGUCAAGGAGCGCCUCGAGGCCGCGAAGCAGGGCUCAACCCGCGGACUCCCCAGCAUGGACGCCAGCGGCGGCUUCAACUUCAGUGGCUCCCGAAUUGCCAAGCCUCUCCGAGGCGGCGGCGGAGGAAAUGAGAGCAGUGCUCCCGUAGCCGGCGUCCAGUCGCAGGAGACUGGCGCCAAGCGCACGAGCUGGUUCUUCGAUAGACGAUGAUAUCUCACGAUUUUUCUUUUUCAUUGUGUAUUAUCUUUCUCAUUCUCCGAAAAUACUUUUCUUGUUGCAUCAUGUGUGAAGCCGAAAGGAAUGAAGCCCACGUCGUGUUUUUUUCGCCCUCUCGUAUUGAUUAGGGAGGAAAGAAGAUAUCCCAACCAUUCUCUCUCUCUUUUUUUUCUGACUGUGAG